GACUAGAGCCACAUAUAUAACGCGGUUGUUUAUGGCCAUUGUUGCAGUUCCUGACGUACUGUGUGUAACAUCUUGUACACAACACCGCGCCUACCUCAACGUGAUAUUACAUCUCAAAACGUGGAAAUGCGGAAAUACGAUGGAUGCUUCCAGACAAAGCUGAUAACACCAAUCAAAAUGGCAGUUGCAUUAAGUCUCCUCAUGCUCAUGUUGGUGGGUGCUGAUACCGACAUUAACUCGUUCCACUCAGACACGAUGACGGAGACCACUACACACUGGUCAAUGACGACGCCCCCUACAACAAUGACCCCUCCCCCCGAGGUUGAGGAUGACCCUGUCAACGUCACAGCUCGUAUCGGCUCCGAGGUCUUCUUUGACUGCAAGAUACCCGUACAGGGCACUGUGGUGUGGGCGUACGUAAAUCCAGAAUCCAAAAUCGAAUCCAUAGAAAUACUAAAUUGGAGGUCCCGAACUGAGCACUUGACUUUGAGUUUCAAAGCCCCAAACAACCACCGCCUGAAGAUCGAUUCUGUCAAGCACGCAGACGAAGGUUACUACAAAUGUGUCUUAAGCUCUCAUCGAAAGAAAGUUACGCAGGUCUUCCUUAAAGUAAUCGAAGCUGAAGACUGACCAAAGGACGGUAUCGAGGUGCCAUGGAAACCAUAAUUAUAAUUUAAAGCAAAGAACAUUGACUGUAUAAAACACGGAGAAACAAUGUAUCGUUGGGAAAAAAUAAUGAUAGUGAUAAUGCAAGUUUUGAAUAAAUUAAUUGAAGUGA